ACAAGUCAAAGUGAGACAGAGGGAGGGUAGGCCUUGUCUUGAGAGAUUUUUGCUCCUCUAGCACAGGGAGCGUGAUGUCAGCGGUGGCAGUACUGUUGUAAUUGACUUGGUGGGGGUGAUGGCGUCAUUUUAUGCCCUGGUGUAGCCUCCUGCUCCAAUAGCGAAAGGGAGACGGAUCUUUAGCCGACGCGACCGUGGCUCCCUUGGCCGGGAUCGAGCACCGCCGAGCCGGACACUUCACGCCGGGAAACAUGGAGGCUGUGGCCGAGGAGCUGCGGGCCGGCUCUCGGGUACCUGUCACUAUCGAUCAAAUAGUUAACGAUACACUGGUGGUGACGCUGACCUACCGAGAAAGGAGUUACACGGGGAUAUUACUUGAUUGCAACAAAAAGACUGGGCUAUUCUGUCUACCAGAAUUCACAGCAAAACCCGGGGACUGCCCAAUACCUACACCGGCUUGUGAAAUCCCAGAAGUUCUAAGUGAGGAGCCGGUUUCCAAAUCUCCCAGCCAGGCUUCACACAGACCAAAGGAUGAAAACACCCUCCCAGAAAGCAGCAUACCUACUGCACCUCUCCCCUGCCCUGUACCCACACCAGUGCCAGCUGGACAGACUCCUUACCCUCCUUAUUUUGAAGGAGCCCCCUUCCCUCAGCCCUUAUGGGUGCGCCACAGCUACAGCCAAUGGGUACCUCAGCCCCCUCCGCGACCAAUCAAGAGAAAGAAGAGGCGGACGCGAGAGCCUGGCCGCAUGACCAUGAGCACUAUCCGUCUUCGGCCACGGCAGGUACUGUGUGAAAAGUGCAAGAACACACUGAAUAGUGACGAGGACAGCAAAGAUGGCAUGAGCAACACUAAGACUUCUAGAAAAGAGAAUGCACUACACAGCGAUGAUGAUGGUGAUGACAAGGAUAUCCCCUCUAAGCUGUCGAGAAAAGAGGAUGUAGUUGUAACCAAGGACACUAAAAGACGUGAAAAUGGCACCAGCCUUGACAGCAAGCGCCUCAGGAAGGACAAAAGGGGAGACGCUGAAGGGGAGAAGUUCCCCAUGGGCGACGUUAUCCCACACAGUCCUGUUAUAAAGAUCUCCUACAGCACUCCACAGGGCAAGGGCGAGGUCAUGAAGAUCCCUGCCAGAGUCCACGGUUCAGUCAAGCCAUUCUGCCCCAAACAGCUCGUGCAGAAUGGUGUGGGAGAAAAUGGCAAGACACCUUCUGAUCCCACCAAGGAGCAACGGCACAUUUUAGAUGCCACAAGGUCUGGCCUCACCGUGUCCAUUCCCAAACUCAAACUCACCAGGCCUUUUACAACAGUGGGUCAGGACUUGCCUUCUCCAAAGAUCCAUUUGAGACCCCCUCAGAGGGAGAGUGAGGAGAGUAUGGUCGAGUAUGAGGCAGAACUUGUAGGAGGCACCAGGAGACGAAGCCCCAGGGUGCCUGGUCCCUGCCUCCCGCACUCUGAAGACUCAGGGGAAGGUAAAAACUCUCUGGAGUUGUGGUCGGGGAGUUCGGGAGAGGAGGCAGAGCGCAGCCACAGCGACCUUACACUUCUCAUCAAUUUCCGUAAGCGCAAAGCAGAUUCUUCUAGCCUGUCUGUCUGCAGCAGCGACAGUCUAGAUGAGUCCAAGUCCUUCAGCUCUGACGGCACCUCACCAGAGCUGUGCGAUCUGGCCCCAGGUGAAGACCUGUCCGUAACCUCAUCUUCUGUACCCUCACGGGAAGACUGCAAGACAGUGCCGCCGCUCACGGUUCGGCUUCAUACCCGCAGCAUGACAAAGUGCGUUACAGAAGAGGGUCACGCUGUGGCGGUGGGUGACAUUGUGUGGGGGAAGAUUCACGGCUUCCCUUGGUGGCCGGCGCGUGUGCUCAGCAUCAGCGGCACCCGCAAACAGGAGACGGCCAGUUGCGAGGCCCAGUGGCCCCAGGCGAAGGUGGCGUGGUUCGGUUCGCCCACCACCUCCCAGCUCUCCGUUGCCAAAUUGUCGCCCUUCAGGGAGCUCUUCAGGUCCCGCUUCAACCGCAAGAAGAAAGGGAUGUACCGGAGAGCCAUCCUGGAGGCAGCCAAGGCUGUGGGCCACAUGGGCCCAGAGAUUACAUCGCUGCUUACCCACUGUGACACAGGCUGAGGACUGAAGAAAGGUCUCCGAGGUUUUUCUGAAUUCUCAGACUGUGUCAUCAAGACCCAGGAGGGAGUACGUGCGGUUGCCACGGCUACUAUUUAUACGCCGUUUUUGUUUUGUUUUGUUUUGUUUUGUUUUUCUUUUUCACAUGGCUGGUUGAAAAAUGGCCGCCAAGGUGGAGUGUCGUUGAGACUGGAUAAGGGAGCAAAAAAAAGACCAGGCAUCUCAUGGUCUACUAUGAACUAAACUAUUCCUCCUUUUUUAUUUUCUAGAUUUAAUCAUAUUUCAAUAGAGUCGAAUAACGACACUACAAGGACACAAAUGUAUUUAUUAUCUGUAACGGUUCAUUAUGAUCCACCCUUCUACUACAGUCUUGCAAAAAGAAAACCUCCCAGUCUGCUGCUGUCAUUAUCGUGGUCCUCGCCGCUGAUGUGUUUGCUGCGAGGUUCAGUCGGAGGAAGCCAGUGGCAUCUUCAAAGGCACCCCCCACCCCUCAUCCUCCCGGACACGAGCCGUUUGACCACGGUUUAAAAAGUCUUACCCCAAAUCCUCUUCUGAAAAUGUGAACGGCUCCAUCCAGAGACAGUAGUGAGUGUUCCAGCUCUUCUAGCGAUCAGUGUUCCAUCCUCGUAGCCUUCUGCGACAUUAGUUGGAUUUGUGGAUGUAUUUAUACUGAACUCUAUUCCUCUCCAGAAUCAUGUUGUGUCUCUCUUCCAUUUCAUUUUUAACUUUUAGGAGUGUCAUGUCAGCGAACUUUCCCUCCUUCCCUCCAACUCUUCUUUUUCCUGAGAACCAUUUUUACAUCACUUUAAUUAUUUAAAGCGUCACGUUUAAGAAAAAAAAGCACUUUAUCUGUACCUUGGUGGCCUGCUGUAUGCUCACUGUCUAAAACACUUAUGGCGAGAUACAGCCCUGAUAGGCAGCAGGGGAGUUCAGAAGUCUUUGUGGUUGACUAUCCAUGGCCUUGGAGAUACAAAAAAAAAAAUCUUUUUUUAUUUUAUUUUAUUGUAUGAUUUUUGGGGACACCAGACACGGAUGGUUGUGUACACUGUAUUCUCGCAUUUGACUUAGGUGCGUUUCUCUCUCAGCUUAUCUGCCACACUCACACUCACACACACACACACACACACACACACACACUACAAAAAUCCAAACCUUUCCACUGGAGAAACAUGGGUGAACAAAUGUGUCAAAGCCCCCUAUGCAUUAUCAGUUAAAGCUUUACGAGUGACUUUGGGAGAGAAAAAAAAAAUAACAUGCUGUAAGAAUACUGUGAAUUCAACUGCUGAGCGUGCUGAAGAAAAGCUUGCUACUAGUCAGAGCCUGCAGUUAUUAAGUCAUCUGGCUAAAGCAGACUGCAACACUGACCUUUAGUGACCUUUGUGUUGAAAGCGGCACUGUUGGAACUGGGGGGGAGGGCGGGGGCAGCUAAGGCAAGAGACCACGGCUGUCGAGCACAGCUCGGUCCAUAUGAAAAACGUACCGAAGAUUGCACACAGUCACGCUCAGCCAACCAGCCCGUCUCCCUUCCGCCUGUCUGGGAACACUUUGUCCAGAUUAUGGCUGAAAACUAGCUCCCUGGUUGUCAAUGAGAGAAGUGCAUUUGUUAGGGGAGCAGGUAUAAUGUACUUCUCCCAUUCUGAUAAUCAGCGGUUUGACUGUUUGCCGUCAAGCUCGGCUAGUUUCCAGGCAGCCUUACAAGACGAGGAGGAGUGGGAGAGUCUAAAUGUUCUGUAUGCCUGAGAGGGUCGUCAGGAUUUUCCCAUGUGUGAGCAACAUGGCUAUCUACUGUUGCCCACGUUGGUCAAUGUUAUUGGCUACUUUUUUUGUUUUCUUUUUUACAUGUACUGUACAUAAAAUAAAAUAUAAAGCAAUA